AUGUGCACACCACAGUUGAAGUGCUCAGAACUGUCCCUGGAACAUCUUCGUCCCUCCUCCGGACGGGUCUAUUCUCACUCUCGUAGCCCCGACUCCUCGGCGGAAGCCCGCGUGUCCUUGAAAAAGGUCGCCUGGGUGAUUAGUGAGCUGCUAGAGACAGAGCUAACCUACUUGGAGAGUCUCCGAGACAUCAAAGAGCAUGCCACUGCCGCUUUUCCCGACAAUCCGCCUACUCCGCACCUAUCGAUUUUUCCCCACUACGUCUCACGCUCCUAUUGGCUCAUUGGCGGUAUUGCGUGGCGCGGCUAUUACCUCCCCCUACUCGCGGAGGGCAAAUUCGAUGCUACCACCCUGGACACCGUCUUCAACAACAUCAUCCAACUGCAUGCAUUCCACCAAACCUUCUCAGGUGAGCUGUAUCGGAAUCAGGAGAAUCUUGUUGGCCUGGCCGAUGUGUUCCUGGAGCACGCAGUCGAUUUUGAAGGACUUUACGUGGAGUUUUGUACAGAACAUUCCCUCAAGCUUUUAAUCGCCAGAACAGAGGGCAAUGAGGCUAGGUUACAAGCCAAACAGGCAAGAUUAGAGGAGGCUAGUGGAGGGAGGAAGGAAAGGCCUAUCACUGGAGUCGUUGUUGCUACCGGCCACGAGGAUUUCAGUGGUGUCCAACCAUGUCCAUCUGGAUUCUGUCCAGCUAGUAUUGAGGUGGAAGAAGUAUCGCGUGUUUAUACAGACAUCGCAGAUAGCUCUGUAACGAACUACCCCAGAUGGUUCACGGCCGCGGCUGGUGCCACUUCAGUUGUUAAUAGCAUCCCUGAAGAACACGAAACUGGUGUAGUUGCCGGAGGUCGACGUCGUUCUCGACCCUUCUAUUAG